GCUGCACCUCUGAAAAGUUGCAAUUCUCAAUUGUGAAAUCAGAGUGGUUUAUUUCAUCUCUCAAUAAUAAAUUCUGUGCAACAAAUUGGUUGUUUUCUUUCUUUGAAAGAGUUUUAAGCAUGGCGGCUUAUGGAGCUCUACUUUCUCUUAUGCAGAUCAUAGAUACCCUCGAGAAACAUCCUUCUCCUCCCAUUUUUAUCGACACAAAACAAGUUGAAUCUCUCACUCAAAUUGUUACCUUCUUGCUGGAGUUUCUUGAUGUUUAUAUUUCCCCUGUUGUUGUCGAUGGCCGUAGAGCUGAUCCAUUGGAACGUCGCAUUGCUGAUGCAGUUUAUAAAGCUGAGGACGUUAUCGAAUCCCAGAUUGUGCGUCAAAUUGAUAGCCAUAAAGCCGAUCCGUUGGAGAGUCGUAUUGAAUCUUCAAUACGCGGGAAGAGAAGUAGUUUUCUCAACUUGUUUCGAGGUGUAUGUGGAUGCACAAGCGCAAGCCCAGCAAGCCCAGCUACCGAAGAAGAAUACUUCUACAGCAGUAUGCAAGAAGUGAUAAAAGAAAUGAAUCUGAUCAAGAAAGAAGUCAUGGAGAUUGAAGCCGUUGCUCAGCUGCGCAGACAGGCCUCUUCGAUUCCUGUUGGCCCCUUAACGAAUUCUUCCAUUGUGAAGGACAACAUGAUGGUGGGCUUUGAUGAAGUGUUUCUCGAGGUCUUGGAUAAGCUCACUGGAUAUCAACUCAGCCGCGAAAUCAUCCCCAUCACGGGGAUGGGCGGAAUUGGUAAGACCACUCUUGCCCGAAGUUUAUUUCAGAAUGCACUUGUUAAGGAUCAUUUUGAUAUUCGUGCUUGGACUACAAUUUCUCAAACUUAUAAUGUUAGAGAAACACUUAGACAAGUUCUUUUCCAUGCAAGUGGUGAUUCAAGUGGUGAUCUGAGUGAGGAAGAAUUGGGAGAAAAAUUAUACAAGUUUUUAUAUCGUAGGAGGUAUCUUGUGAUAAUGGAUGAUAUAUGGAGUGUUAAUGUGUGGGAGAAGAUCAAAUUUUUCUUUCCUGAUAAUGGAAAUGGGAGUCGAAUAAUCGUGACAACUAGGCUGUCAAACUUGAGUUUUAAGUUGAAUGAGUCUUAUAGAGUUGAUAUGAAUUUUUUAGAUGAAGCUAAUAGUUGGGAUUUGUUUUGCAAAACUGUAUUUGGGAAAGAAGGUUGUCCUCUUGAGUUCGAGGAAAUUGGGAAGAACAUUGUAGCAAAUUGUAAAGGGCUUCCUUUAUCAGUUGUUAUGAUAGGACGCCUCUUGGCGAAAUCUCAACGCACAAGAGAAUAUUGGAUGCUUAUAGAGCAGAAUUUAAAUUCAAUUGUUAUCAACACUAAUGAUAAAUUUUGCUUGAAAACAUUGAGGAUGAGCUAUAUCUAUCUGCCAAACUAUUUGAAGCCAUGUUUUUUAUAUAUGGGUAUUUUUAAAGAAGAUAGUAGUAUCCGUGUGUCAAUGCUCGAGAAACUUUGGGCUUCUGAAGGAUUUUUAAAACCAAGGAGUGGGAAAAGUUUGGAAACAAUUGCGCAAGAAAACUUGAAGGAGUUGGUUGAUAGAAAUCUGGUUUUAGUUGAUAAGUUGGGGUCUAUUGGAAAUGUCAAGUAUUGUAAAAUUCAUGAUUUAUUGAGAGAUUUAUGUUUGAAAGAAGUUGGAAAGGAAAUGUUUUAUCAUUUUUUUAACAGAGAUAGUCUGAUAUCUUCACAUGCUCGUCGGGUUGUUGUUGUUGACAAUGGAUAUUUUUUACGCGAUAGAUUACCGAGCUCUCCUUCAUGUGCUCGCUCCAUAAUAUUUGAAUAUUAUCGUACCAAUGAAUGCUGGCGUAGAAAAGCUCCACUGCCUCACAAUUGUAGAUUGUUGAGGACAUUCAAAGCAUACAACAAUGAUGGUGUUGCGAGUGAUAAUUAUCUCCUAGAUAAUGUGUUUAAAUUGGUGAAUUUACGUUACCUUGCUGUUAAGGCUACUCAGAAUUCCGAGAUCCCCUCUUCAGUUCAUUUGCUUUGGAAUCUACACACACUGAUUAUUCAUUGUCCGGAUGAUUUUAUUGUACCAAUUGAAAAUUUGAAAUUGCAUCGACUACAGCAUCUCGUGUUUUGUAAUCGCAAGGUGAUUCUCCCAGUCCUAGAUCCUCGCAUUGGGGACGACGAUGACAGUGCUAUUAUGGAGAAUCUACAGACAAUCAGGGGAGUAAAGAAUUUGUUUUUGGAUGAGGAGGUGGUUAAAAGGAUUCCCAACAUGAAGAAAUUGUGUCUAACGUACAUACGACGAUGUGAAACAAAUGGAGGGAGAUAACUGUCUCAGCCAUCUUCAGUGUUUGAGUAAAUUGGAAAACUUCCGCUGCUCCAUCGGUGAUGGAUGCGGUAAGUAUUUGCAGAGUAUUAGGAUUCCGCACUCGCUCAAGAAGUUAUCGAUUAUAUGCCGUUUUGAUCUGGAGGUGGAAGACAUAAUAUCCAAAAUUGGUUCGUUGCCCCUUCUUGAGAAGUUUGAAUUAAAGCGUGGUUGGUUCAGAACAGGUAAGUGGGAAACAACAGAAGGCCAAUUCCCAAGCCUCAAGUUUCUACUAUUGUUUUCUUGUGGUGGUCUAAAAGACUGGAUUGUGUCGGACGAUUCUCAUUUUCCGAUCCUCCAGAAGCUUCAUCUUUAUAACUUAAGUCACCUGAAUGAGAUCCCAUCCGCCGUUGGAGAAAUAGCAACGUUGAAAUCAAUUAAAUUGGAAUUUUGCAAUGAAUCAGCGGUGGUGUCAGCUAAAAAGAUAGUAGAGGAACAAGAGGAUUUAUAUGGAGACCAACUAGACCUUUAUGUUCAAACAAUAGUUUAUGAGAAGCAAAAGGAACUGAAGAGCUUGGCAACUGCCAACUUUGAAGUGAAUUGGUUUUAGAGUAUUUUGCAUCGCAGUCCGCCUACAACAAACUGAGAGCUAAAGGGAAGGAUUGAAGAGACAUAUAUAAAAAGCUGUUACAACUACUUUGCAACGGUCAUGAAAGUUGUUUUCAGAUUGGUGGAUUAUUCGAUUUUGUUGAAGCAGUUAUCGUGUGCAGGGUUGUAUGUAUAUUCUUUCUUGUUAUAGUUGUAUCACCAUCUUCUUUAGCUAGAUAAGAGAAAAAGACAGGGAUUCAUCGUGCGGUUAUGAGCUCAUCUUGUUUGUAAUUUGUGAUUGAUCGUUUGACAGUGAAUAAAAACCACAUCAUGCUUAGAAAUGGGUUCAAUUAGGGGUCAUAUCCAUUGUUCAGUUUCCGAGAUACAUUUCUGUCAAGCCCUUGAAGUUAUCAAGGCCCGCACUAUUCAUAUAAGAAAUAGCCAAAAACAAAUCUGUGGAUGGAGGUGGUUUUUAAAUCUUUGGCAAUUAAUUACUCCAAGAAAUGGUGGCUUAGUUACAGCUCUACCCCUGAGGCCCUCACCAUCAAUUUUCCCCUCCUUUACCACAUUCACAAAUCAAUUGAACUCUAGGCAAAUCCACGCUUGCUCGAUGGCGCUGUGGAGGAGCUGCUCGACGAUGAUGUGGAGAAGUGAGCAGAGAGAUUAAGAAGAACGUUGGGUGCUGGGGGCGAGGCGGCGGCAGCCGCUAGACGCCGGCGAGGCGCCACGACAGACGAAGGAGAGUGAGAUCUAGAUGGAAGAGUGAGGAGUGGUAGACUGACGCAGCGGCGGCGGCGACGCAGCAGCAAGAGUUGGUGCAGGAGAUGAUAGCGAUUGAAUAGAAGAAGGAGAGGAGAUGAGUCGGACAGCGAUUCAAGCACUAACGGUGCUGAAUCGAAGCCGAGUGAGCAGACCCGAGCGACUGGACGACGAUGAGCAGGGGUGGCGCGGACGAGAUGGCCACAUCUGCUAUUAGUUUGCUGUGAAAUCUGGGUUUAUAAGAGGUUCCACACCCCGCAUGGAAGAAAAUAACUUCCAGAAAGUUUACUGAAAUUUGAAGGAGAUCGGCAGAAUUCAGCUCCGUCUCCGACGCGUUGUCGCCUGCCGUGCAGAUUAUCUUGUUUGAUAUUUGGGAAUUUAAAAUUUUAAGGUCAUUUUCGUCAAAAGAUAUUAAAUGUAAUAAAUUAAUAAAUUAUUUGCAGGCA